AUGGAUGCCGGGAUUACAGCGCUAAACAGGAAGCACCAGCAGCAGCCACAGCAGUUCAAUAUCCGGAACAACCUGCUCAAGAGCGAUAUUGGUGGCAUAGACAUCACCCAGGAACUGCCGGUGAAGAACGGUGAGAAGGAGGAGAUGCCGUUCCCGCCCCACCCGCCGCAACAGCAGUACCCGCCCCAAUACCCACCUCAGUACCCACCACAGCACCCGCAACAGCACCCGCAACAGCACGCGCAACAGCACGCGCAACAGCAGUACCAGAUGCCUCCUGUGUCUGCGCAAAGGAUGUACGCGGCCCCACAACAACAACAAGUGCAGCAGCAGCCGUAUUUCCAGCAGAACAUGUACCAAAGGACGCCAUAUGCGCCUGCGCAAGGUAACCCAUACCCCAGGUCGCAGUCGUUGACACAGAAGUCGUCUAUAUCCGGGUUCUUCAAGCAGAAGGGCUACCACAGCCCGUUCGGUAAGUCCAAGAAAGGCAGUAGUGGUGGGGACGACGACGACAACGAGGAAGGAGCAGACAUAAUUGAGGACCCAUCCGCGUCUGUGAUAACAUACAAUGACAUACGUAAGAAUGCCAACAAAGGAGGUGACAAGUACGGGUACGGAGGAGACACCGCCCCAAUAAUACCAACUAUUGUAACAACAGACAAGAACACGUCGAACACGGAUUACAGAAAAUACAUGACCACUCAGAAAAAGCUUGCGAUGAACCGGAUGGCAAAACAAGGAACCCCACAAACACCUUCGCCGCCUUCAAAAUUACAACAGUAUCAGCAGUAUCAACAGAUGAUGCCUCCCAACGGAUCAAAUCCUAGAGCCAUGUCAUUGCAAGGUUUUGGUUCUGGCAGUCCGUUCUACCAACAGUCUGGUCCUGGAAAUUCGCCAAAUAAUCGUCUUCCAAAUGGUCAGUUUAUGGGUGACUCUAGAGCAAACUCUAUGAUGAGUGCACAAAACCCAAUGAUGAGAGGUCCACCACAACACGCUCAGCCGAUGUACCAACAACCAAAUUUUAGCGGCACAAUGACUACUCCUGGUCCCAGAAACACCUCCCCAAAUAGAGUACCGAUGAACAAUCAAAGACCAGGACCGAUGAAUUCACAACAGAGUUUCAAUGGCCCCACUGGUAACAUUAGUGCGGAUAGAGCCAUGUCCUUGCAAACAACAUCAAGCAGGCCAAUGGUAAACAUGAGUGAGCAAAAACCAGUUUCAGAUGAUUUACCGCCAAACCCAUAUCUAAGCCAAAACGCAAGACCUUACACUGAGCCUAUUAAUACAAACAUAGAUGAUAACGUUAAGAGAAAUGAUAAUGAAAAUCAUAUCACUGCAACUUCUCCUUUGAAGAACCAGCUGUAUGUCGCACCAUUAUCUAUUCCUGAUGAUGAAGAACCUACUCCUGGUAGAUCGAUUGCUGGCUCAGGAAAAUUAAAUGUUCUAAAAUUAUCAAAACCUCAACAAGAGGAAAAUAUGGUGAAGGAAAUUCAAGUAAUGAAGCCUUCUAUAGAGGAUCAUGAAGAACAGCAGAAAUCAUCAAAUAACGAAGAUUGGAAUGAUAUAAAGAAAGGACUAACCGAAGAUGCUUUGUCACAUGAGAAUAGAACUAGUUUAGUAGAAGACGGCUUAGGAUCUCUAAAACUUGAUGACAGGACAAAAUUGGGUCAGCCUCAAAGACAGUCAGUGGAUACUUAUUCAUCUACAUUUAGUGAUUCCCCUUCAAAGAAAGUUAAUUCAAAUAAAGUUACCGGUCUUUAUAAACUUGAAAAUAUGACUGAUAUGGACCAAUACCAAACUGCUCAGGAGUUUGUUGAUGAUACUAAAUUAAAUUCUCGGGCCAAUGAAAAUAGGGUAGAAUCGGGUUCUAGUUCGGUAUACGACAAUCCAUAUGGUAGCACAACCUCAGAAAAGAAAAUCAUCGAUGCUGAGGAUGAAAGAAGUAAAAGAAGAGAGUCGUUGAUAAAAGCAAAGAAUAUUCUCAGAAAUUUUUCAUCAGAACAAAGGCUAAGCAAAAGACCUACUAGUGAAACCAGUGUCGACUCGGAUUAUUCCGCGCAGGAUGACACUUUCACUUAUAAGCAAAAAGAUAAUAAGGCGAGUGCGAGUGGCAAUUUAACGUCCACUCCUACCAAAUCGGCACAGACAAACCUACAAAAUGAAGCUGAAACUGUUGAUUUUGUAUUUUCGGAUACUCAUAGCAAGGCUUAUGAACCUAUUUAUUCUAAACACGAUAGCUCUAUGUCAGACCAUGCUAAGCUUAAAGAGAAGACAUUUGUAAUAAAAGAAGAGCAAUUAAACCUCCUAAAGGAAAACGAAACAUUGAUGAGAGAGGUGACACUGGUAUCUACUGAGUUAGCUGAAUCAAUUCAAAGAGAAACAGUGCUGGAGCAAAAAAUACGAUCACUGGCAUCCGGUCAGAAAUCAUCCGAUGUGGAAAACAGUGAUAAUGACUUUGAAAGAGAGCAAGAAGAGCAGUUGUCAAUCGUUGAGUUUGAAACUGAGAUGAGAAAGAAAUCUGCAAAAAUAGUUGAACUAAUACAACAGUUAAAUGAUGAAAGAUUGAAGAGAUUUAUUGCAGAAGAACAAAUAUUGCUUCAGGAAAGAGGGGCGAAACCAAGUCGUCCACAGCUAAUAUACAGAAUUGAGCAAUUAAAUAUACAACUAGAGGCGAAAUCUCAGAAACUGAAUGACUUACAAGCUAGAUUGGAUAAAUUAGAACAUAAUUCCUAA